GUACACUUUAAACCUGCGGAUGUGUCAACAUCCGGUUCAUGUGUUGUUCGGCACCAUAACAGACGGGACAAGAGACAAUAUGAAGUUUUUGAAGAAAAGUUAAAAAUUGUUGAAAGACCAUAUAUAUGGCAGGUGUAGAACAGGAGCCACCUGUGGUGGCUGAGCCAUCAGUGGCAACAGAUGCACCUGUUGUACCUGAUCCACCACAAGUUGUGUCAGAAGGUGAUGCUGGAACCGUGGGAGAAGACAAUGAACAGAAAAUCAAACAGGAUGAAAAUGCAGUGGAAAAAAGAAACAAUGAAACUCCAGCUGAAACAACAGAAUCUUCUGAUACUGUUCCGGAUGGACUGCCGAGUAUAACAUCUGAUACAGAACCCAAAAGUUCAGAGAGACCAAAGAGUAGUGGUUCUGGGGGAGUAUUUGUGUCAGCAAAGGGGAAGAGGAAGAAGAAAAUGGUUGUAGAUCCAAACGCACACAUCGUCACCAUAACAGUGACUAUAUCAAUGGCAGUUCCAACAGCCAUUCAUGCUCAUGAUGAAGAUCAACCAGACAUCAAGGACAUGGUGAAAAAGGAGAAGAGGAUGAUAGAGAAGCCCCGGCCACAGAGAUGGUAUCACAUUGAGUACUACCUCCUCCCUGACGAGGAGGAGCUCAUCAAAUCAGACAUAGUUUCCUAUGGACCUGCCGUUAAGAUUUUUACCGAACAUGACUCCAAAGUACUGAGAACCUGGCAGGAAGGUGACCUUACAUGGAUAAGCUGGAUUGAGAAUAACACAGUCAAUGUGUCCCGUGAGCUGUUGAUGAAGCUGUUUAACCACACAGUAGAACUGAAGAUAUGGGACGAGACAGACAAGAUGAAGACAAAUAGCAAAGUGAACACCAAGCUCAGCACAAGUGCCAGAUGGGAUCGACCUCUCAACUUCAAACUGCCCUCCACAAAACCAGAACAAGCAAUGAAUAAUGACGAAAAAGAAAAUUUCUCGAAACUGAGUGAGGAAGAGAAAAAAGGUGUGAAGGGAAUUGUUUUACGUCAGUCCAAGAGUUAUACUAAAAUGCAGCCAAAAAAAUGCCAAGAUACCCGUGCCAUUCCGACUCAAGUGACAUUCUCCACCAAGAAAAAAGAAGUAGAAAAGAAAGAACCAGAGAAGCCACCGUCUCCGAGAGGCAGAGCCGAGUCUCCGACCCCCAAAACCUUAGUGGGUGUGUCCAACAAGAAACUGGAUUCACAGGAUGGCAGAGGGUCCUUCAGCAGACUUGGACGACUAGCAGGAGUGGACCCUGCCCCUGCCUCGUCCCCAAGGGGUAGGGACUCAGUACACAGUAAAAUGAGCUCUGAUAAGAUGAGUCAGAAGUCGCAUGCAUCUAAACUAAAAAUGAAGGAGGACAAGAAUGCAUCGCCUUCAGCACGUCACGUCAAGUCGGCUGAAUCAACAGGGGUUGAGGCUUUAAAGGAAGCUCAAAGAUUAAAACGACAAAAGAAAUCUGAUGCGGCCCAACUAGCAGCCCAGCAAGCUGCCGACCAUAUAUUCAAGUUUGGGACCUGUAUGAUUCCUGUUAGGAUGGCCAACUUCUUCACAGGUGUUAAGAGCUUGACGAGCCGUCUGUCUGGGCCUGUACUAGGAGUAGAGGACUGCUUUAUUAGUCUUAAAGUGGAUGGACCAAUCAUGUCAGAGAAACAGAAAUUAGAGCUCAACCCUAUGAUCAUAAAGAUUCACUCCUGUACCAACCUACCAGACUCCCCAAUCAGCCACCCAGAACUCAAAAUGAGAUGUAAACCUGUUUACUGCAAAUAUGAAUUCUUCAAACAGCCUGUUCACACGAGUGCAGGACGAGAACAUGCUCGGAACAUCUACUGGGACGAUGUCAAUGUUGUACUGACCGGUACCUUAGAUCCAUCUGAGCUUCGUCAAUAUCUGAAUGGGCCUCCAUUGGAGAUUGAAGUACAUGACCGAGACCGACGGGAGGAGGAUGUCCGACUCAAGCCAACUCUUUUUGGAGAUGAUUUGGAAGAUGAAAAGAUCAGUAAUGUUGGAACUAUCACAAGUAGGAGGACCCUACACAAUCCGUUCACGGGGAGGAAUAAGCCGUGGGACCCCUAUGGUACCACCAAGGUGGAUCUGUCGGAGCUCCUGCUUGGUCACAAGUACCUACACAUAAAGGUACCUCUCCACAACUGUGGUAUCCCUGAUGUCCUCGGCUCCAAGGAUGGUGGUGAUGGAAAGCUGGUCGGAUUCCCAGGGGCUGUGGAUGGACCAGUGGACAGACCUAUAUCAGCUGGUCAUUACGUUAGCUCUAACACUAUGAUGAAGAUCAAGGUGGAACUGGCCCAUCCCCUCACUACUCCAGACAAGGUGGCCAUCCGGGAACCUUUUGGGUCUACCAGGGAGUGCCCGUUUGGGAGGAUUGUAUUUAUAUUUGACUACAAAAACACCACCCUGCUCCAUCAGCUACAGAACCUAGUAACAGAUGUGAACGCUCAGGCUCUGGAGCUGGACGACAUGCCACAGCACGUCAUCAAUGCAGCUCUGUCCACCUACAAACUAUCUCUGGAACAGCAGAAGAGCAGGUCACUGAACAUCGUGACAGGAUUUCAGGUGAUGGACGGUGUGAUGCACUUGUUCAUGUUGGAAGGGCUUCAUGACCAGGCCAUCAAGACUCUGUGGAACUCGCUACCAAAGCCAGAAAAAUCAGAUGUUAAAGUGCUGUACAACUCGGAUAUGAACUUCAGUGAGCGUCUGUAUGGACCCCUGGACGUUGAUCUGUGUCGGGUGAAGCUACAUGAGUCGCUGACCCAGAUUAUCCAGCAGCCCCUUCUCUAUGUGAGGGACAUGGUCCCUAAGGCUUGUUUCGAGGCUCUCAUCAGGAUCUAUGAGUUGACCAAGUUGGACCAGAUGAGGAAUGUGGUGAGGAAUGAUCUGUUCCCUAACGCUGACAUGAUCAUCUCCAUGAGUAAAGAAUUUGGUGUUCCUCUCACCCAGGCAGACUUUGAAGAACUUCUGCCAGAAGAGGAGAGAGCACAAGAACCAGAGGUACAAGUAACACGCUACGACUCCUUUAUCAGAGAGACAAGUCGAUUGUGGACGCCCAUAGAUAAUUACAACCAGGAAUAUGUGGAGCGUCUAGGGAACCGCGAACAACAGCACAACUUUAUAUAUGAAAAUAAGGAAGAUAUUAGAAAUGCCAGUGAGAUUAAUAAAAAGGAGAGGGAAAUGAACAAGGUGCCAACGAUCCAUGCUGAUGUGAAAGUUGCUCACAACUAUAGUUCACAGACUCUCAAUUCAACAGAGCUCGCCAAGGAGAAGUUACGACAGAUGUUGGCUGAGCACCCUGACACACGGUACACCUACUGUCAGGACUACCACCAUUCUAUGACUGUUGUCCCUGUCAAUGUGGAGGCAUUGAGGAAGCAGGCCCAGAAGGAAGCCAAGGAACGCUGGAAAACCGAGACAGGAUGGAUUUACCCAGGCAUGAAGACAAUGCAGGAAUGUAAUAUCCACCCAGGACGGCCAGACACCGCCAGGGCGGAGGAACUGACUGAGAGAGUACAAAUUCAUGUUUUAUGGCCCUGGCGAGAGAAUAUCCUUCACGUGGGGAUGCUGCAGCCCCCACUGGAACGAGACUGCUUUCCCUGGGAUGUUCGGCAUCUGGACAUGGAGUUGUAUCGCAGACCGAAACCUGUGUUUGGAGAAGAGCCUGUCACAAUCCACAUGGCUGGUGAGAAACUGAAGAAGGAGCGUCUAGAGGCAUUACGGAAAGAUUUUGAGAAGUGGCGGUCAAAACAGGUUGUAGAUGAUACAAGGCAGUAUUUCCAUCGCUGUCUGAUGGAGACAGAACUUAACGACAAGGGUCAAAACCAGGUAGAUAAACUACGAGGACUACUGAAGGACAAUCCAAAUAAGUUGUCACUGCGUAAAUCAGGCCUUCAUCUCAAGGACAUACCACCACUCAAUGUGGUACUCAACCCUAGUGUAGACACAGAGGCCAGGUUGGCAGGACUUCCCACCCACCCUGCUGUGGAGGGAGAGGGCUAUGAGAAAAUCAAGGGCUUUAAACCUGGUCCCUUUGAGGCACAUGGCUGGAACCUGGAGAGGAACAAGAUACCAGCAUAUGAUUACGAUCAUAAUCUAUUUGCGGAGAGGAAAGGAUUUGACUUCAAUCCCAGAUACAAGGAAAGAGGUACACUAUGGAAGCGGCAAAUUAAUCCUUUGAACGAUGAGGAGCGCGAUAACCAUCUGUUCCGUAUUCCUGAUGACUACCAAAGAUUUGGGAAGCCACGUCCAGUAUUUGAUGUUGACCCCAUGCCUCCAGCUGUCACAGAGAACAAGACCAUCUCUCCCAUCCUCAGAUCACCAGCCAGAAACACCAAUCAAAGUGGUGUCACCAUGUCUGCUGAUCCUCUAUACAACCGGUCGGUAAAUCAGACAAUGUCAGCCAUGAUGACCUCUAACCCUUCCUUACCCAAAGUUGUCCAACAAUCAAAGCAGAUGGAGACAUUGGUCAACUGAUUGGAAUUCAGUCAAGUUUGGUCUAGUUGUGAGAAGUUGGAUGUAAGUCAUGUCCAAGUGUGAGAAGUUAUGUCUAGAUCUGAAAAAAUCAGGUCUCUGUGAGAGAAGCCGGGUCAAGAUAUGAAAAAAUCAGGUCUUUGUGAGAGAAGUCAGGUGAGAGAAAUCAUGUCUAAGUAUGCAACCAUACUGAAAAACAUGGAAUCAAUUCUUCAAGCAUAUUUUACAACAUCUUAUGUUAAGUAAUCAGAGCCAGCAGGACUUUGAUUGGCUAGGCCUGUCCUGCUGUACAGCAGUAUUACCUUCUAUAUACAGAAAUAAACUGUACACUAUUUUCAGAUUAAAUCUAAGAACUGUUCUUUAUAAAAUUUAAAAUAUAUCAUUUAUAUGUGGUUAAAUUUUUGUUGGUUCUACAAAUAUACAUUUCUUGAAAAGUCAAAUCUCCAUGGCUUAUUUUGUAAGUAUGCUUCAGGAUUUUAAGUUCUGUUAUGUUAAUUUGAAGAAAGCAAGUUGAGUUAUUUUGAAUUUUUGCUCAGUCUUUCAUUCAGUGUUUGCCUGUGAAGAAGAUUUUGUUUGUGUGAUACCAAUGUGUCCUGUAUCCCUGAGAAUCUGUGAUAUCUAUACUUCUACCAAUGUCUGUAAUUAUACUAAGAAAAGUGCAUUAUGUAAAUAUAUCAACAUUUAUUUUGUAAAUAUGUAUAAAGUGUACAUGUUUAACAGUGUGAGUUGUUAGAACACAAAGUUUGUUAUCUCAGUAUUAAACAGGAGUAUGACAAGAAUGUAAACUGUUAUAACCUACAAAGAUAUUGGAAUCACAGAUUAAGCAUUGUUCUCCAGAUGUUGAAAAUAUACCAUUCAGCAUUGAUACCCUUGAACACAGUAGAUGUUCUACAGAAAGGUUUCCUUAUUUUUGGAGAAAAUUAUUAAACAAUUUAUGGUGAUUUUAUAAGAGAAUUAGGUAUAACAUAUAUCGUUUGUUGAUAUAAAGUAUUAUUAAUUAUAAUGUAUUAUAAUCAACCAAAUGUUUAUGCAAAUAUACUGCUCCAAAUCAGUGGGGAAAACUGCUGCCUGUACAAAUUAAUUAGUAUCACCUGUUACUUAGAGUGCUGUAUUUGUUUAGAGGAUGUGACCUAUUAAAGAGGUGAUGCAAAUUAGUGGGGUCAUGCUGCUGUCUGUACAUAAACAUUUAGCCUCCUAAUAUAUUCAAAUUAGUGGGGUCAAGCUGCUGUCUGUACAUAAACAUUUAGCCUCUGAAUAUAUUCAAAUUAGUGGGGUCAUGCUGCUGUCUGUACAUAAACAAUUCUUUUGAUAUAUUCAAACUGCUGUCUUUACAUAAAAAACAUAGCCUCUUAAUAUAUUCAAAGUAUUGGGGUGAAACUGCUGUGUGUACAUAUAAUUAGCUUUUUAAUAUAUUCAAGUUAGUGGGUCCAAAUGCAUAGGCCUACAUGUACUUGUGAUUAUAUUCAAAUUAGUGGGGUCAAACUGCUGUCUGUACAAAACUCCAAUUAGGAGACCAAGUUUAUAUAUAUAUUACAAAUAUUUAUAUCUAUAUAGAUCAGUAUUGAGAUUUUGUAAGUAUUCGUAAGUUUAUUUGUUUUGUCAUAUUAAGGAAUUAUCAUUGUCAUAUCAUAUCACUGUUUGGUAGCUAUGCAAUACCAGAUUAUAGGUUUUCUGCCUUUUCACAUUCUUCCCAAUAGCACAAGCAAUGAGUGAAAUUUCAUUGUGUUUUUUAAUGAUGAAGGAAAAUGUUAUGUUAUUGAUUUUGUGUUUUUAUAUUGGUAACUAUGAAGACAAUGAUUUCCUGUGGUGUUUUGAGUGAACAUUUUAUCUGGCUAGUGUGUUGUGUUGCUGAAGUUUUCGUUUGAUGCCUAUGUACUGCUGUUCUGAACAUUGACAGCUCACUUUACUAGCCUUAUAUUGAUGAUCACAAGUAUAAAUGUUAUAUUUCUGGUCCUCAUGGAGUACACAUUGGUAGGAAUUGGGGGUUUGGGAAGGCCCCACAGAGGGGGCUGUGAUCUAGGGAUCUAGGGAUGUCUGGGAUCAUGGAAUUGGCUGUUUGGGGUAUUGGCUUAAAGGAGUAGGGAAUUGUGCUGGAGUUAGCAGAUUGGGAAAUCAGGGGCUGAGAAUUAGGAAGUUGGAAUACGGAGGAACAAGUUCUGGGGAUUAGGGAGAGGGGUCUUGUGGGGUAGGUAUUGGGGAUUAGGGAGAGGGGGUUGGUAUUUGGGAUUAGGGAGAGGGGUAUUGUGGGGUUGGUAUUGGGGAUUAGGGAGAGGGGGUUGGUAUUUGGGAUUCGGGAGAGGGGUUGUUGGGUUGGUAUUGGGGAUUAGGGAGAGGGGGUGUGGGGUUGGUAUUUGGGAUUAGGGAGAGAGGUUGUUGGGUUGGUAUUGGGGAUCAUAAUCAGAUUCUGGAAAUCAAGGAGUUAAGGAAGUGAUGUGUGGUAUUGGAGGUCUGGUUCUGGAGAUUAAACUAAAGGGACAGAGUGUUUGGUAGACAGGGUUAGAACUGGAGAUCAGCUGUUAGGGAUGGAAAUGUCAGAUAUGAAGAUCAGAGAAUAGGGGACAAAGGGUGAGAAUAGGGGACAAAGGGUUUGGAUAUGGGAUUAGGGGCUGAGGGAUGGAAGAGUCAGAUCUGUAGCCUAAGGGGUGUUAAUAGGGGUAUAAGGGGAUACAGGGUAGGAAUCUAAGAUUAGGAAUGACUAGAAAGACAAGAAAUGACUAGGAUGUCUUGAAACCUAUUACAAAGAGACAAACAAGUAUGUGUCAAAAUUUUCAAUAGUUGCCCUUUAUUGUGCAGAACUGAAACUAUCUGUGAUAUGUAUUUGUGACUUGUUUUUGUUCAGAGAUCAUCUAAAAUCAUCUGUUAUAUCUCUGGUUAAUGCUGAAUAAAACACAAUUGACCAUUA